UUGGAUAAAACUGUCCUCCUUCUCCCCCCUCCCCCGAAUGUUGUCCAUUGGGUCACCACUGUCGGCGCUAGCUCCAUGGAUCGCGACUUGCUCGCCGACAUCAAGCUCAACAACGACCGACCCCUUCCCGGCAUCAGCAUCUACGGCGGCCCCGUCCUUGCCCUCGGCCGCCUCUACCCGCUGAUCUACACAGCCGCCGCACUCAGCCGCAUCGGAGCAGGAGCCGGAGAUGGGUACUCCUCCUCCCUCUACCUCGAGGGCUCCCUCAACCCCGAUGCCAUCUGCGGCAAGAUCGUCAUCUGCGAUCGGGGUGUCAACUCCCGUGCCACCAAAGGCGAGGUCAUCCACAAGGCCGACGGCGUCAGGAUGAUCCUCACCAAUGGCGUCUUCGAUGAUGAGGGCAUCUUUGAUGGCGAGGGCCUCGUCGCCGACUGUCAUGUCCUCCCCGCCACUGCCAUCGGCACCAUUGCCGGCGACGAGAUUCAAAAGUAUAUCAACACCGCCACUCCUCACUUGCCACCCACCGCCACCAUCUUCUUCCAUAGUACCCACUCGGGGUUCGACUGGUGCCGAUAG